AUGCAUGGGCUGAAGUAUAACAAGCUUAUUGGUGAUGGUGACAGUAGUGUGACCAAAAAGUUGAAGGAAGUUUUACCAUAUGGCAGUAAUUUUCAAAUUAAAAAAAUAGAAUGCAAGAAUUAUCGGUUAAGGAAUUAUUGUACUAAGUUGAUCGCGCUUACAAAACAGAACAAAUAUUCAAUAGUCAUUCGAAAAUGUAUAACAUCGAAUAUUUUACGUUUUCGUUCGGACAUAACCAAGUCAAUUGAUUAUCAUAUAAAAACUAAUGUACCUAUUCACAACAAAAUUGAAGCACUUGGAAGAGAUAUUUCCAAUAGCAUAUAUCAUAGAUUGGGACAACAUAGUAAUUGUGCUAAGUACUCCUGCUCUGGUUCAAAAAACGGAGAAACAAAUUUGGUACCUGAAGCAGAGAGAACGGGGAUGAUGACUGAUAUGCGAAAUAUAGUUUAUAGGCUCACAAUAAACGCCAAUAGUUUGAUAGAAAACAUUUUAUUUGGAAUGUUUAUUGCCCGAAAUUGUAGAUCCACUUUAAGGGAAAAGGAUGCUAAUUAG